GGCGCCUGUUUCCUGCUUUUCAAAUGAGUACCUGUGCUGCCUGUGUGACCCACCUCUGUCGACUGAGUGUGUGUGAUCAGGAUACCGUGUGUGUGUGUUUUUUCCUCUCCCCUCAGCACUCACACACACACACACACACACUCUCUCUCACACACUCCCGUUAUUCCAGAGCGCCGCUUCGACUUUACCUGUCCGGGUUCGCACGCACACCUGAGCGGACUCACCUGAGAGACUUGUCGUCAUUGUCGCCUCAGCGCUGGAAGGGAACGACUGAGAGAAAAAAGAGAGGAAGGAGAGAAGAGAAGAGGAGAUUUAAGCGACGCACGGCUUGCGAGACAAGAAGAAAGGUGCGAGGAGGGAGGGAGGGAGGAGGAGAGGACACCUUCCAUUUUUUUCUUCUUCCAACUUGUGGAGUUUCCUGCUUUGGUCACUUUCGCGUCGCUCCUCUCCGAAACUUCUCCGGACGGACGGACGGACGGGCCGCCAAUUAAACAUGCCGAGGGCCUUUCUGGUGAAGAAGGCGAACGUCUCGCCGGGGAAGCGGAACUGGUCCGAGCUCCCUGAUCAUGAACGAGGGGACGUUUAUAUUCCAGUCUCCAUCUUCCCUCCGUCCGCCCUGAUGAUGGAGGCUGAAGCCAGCCCGGCCGAGACGAUGCCGCUCUGCCUCACCAAACAAUCUCUGUCCGACACGCAAACACACGCCGAGCUGCCGUCCAGCACCAUGCUGGGCCGGCCGCAGAGCCCCGCCGCUUCCCCGGUGGAGAAGACGGAGGUCAGGAGGAGGUCGCAGGGCGGACCGCCGUACAUCCGAUCUAAGAUAAAGGUCACGACAGGCGAGUUGCCAGCUGUUCCUUCUCCUGUUCCUCUCCCCCUUCCUGCCAUUCCCACGCCGCCACCUUUAACUCCUCCCACCGCUGUGAUGACGCUGAUGAGCCCCGCCCCCGUGGAAGUGGUCUCCAUGGUGACCAGAUCAACAGGCCAAAGCCGGAGUUCAUCGCACGGGAUGUCGGUGUUCGUGUGCCAGGUUUGCCAGAAGUCCUUCCACCACCAGCGGAUGUUAAACCGACACGUCAAGUGUCACAGCGAGACCAAGAGACACCUGUGCAACUUCUGCGGCAAAGGCUUCAACGACACCUUCGACCUCAAGAGACACGUCCGCACACACACAGGUGUCCGUCCCUACAAGUGCACCCUCUGCGAGAAGGCGUUCACCCAGCGCUGCUCGCUGGAGUCCCACAUGAAGAAGAUCCACAGCGUCACCCAGAAGUACGCCUACAAGGAGCGACGCAACAAGCUGUACGUGUGCGAGGAGUGCGGCCACACGGCGGGAACUCAGGACGAGCUGCUCAUCCACCUGCACUCGCUCCACCCCAACAGCCACCUGCUGAAGGGGAAGGCUGCGAGGAGGGCGGGAGGUUCGACGCCGGGCUCUCCUCGCGCCGCUGAUAGCGAUGACACGACCGGGUCAUCGGAGCAGUAAAGGAGGAGGAGGAGGAGGAGGAUUCAAACUCAGGGGGGAUGGAUGAAGGAUGGAUGUGUUACCUGAUGGAUGUAAAGGCGAAGUUAAUGUAUAUUAAAGUGUCUGUAUGUGUGUGUGGAUUUGGGGGUUUUUCUGUAUAUAACGCAGGCUUUACAUCAAGUAACGCACCAGAUUAAGGCGAGUGUGACUUUUUGACUACUAAAUGUUUUUUACAUGGGAUAAAAAUGUGGACGAACUCAUUAACUGACAUUUUUUUCUUCAUAUCUACUGCAUGCGUGAAUGUUACCUGUCGGCGACUCUGUACAGCAAAAAGAUGAGUUUUUCUAUGAAAAAAGUACUUUUUGUUCAAUAAAGGGAGUAAUAUAUUAUAUUA